ACAUCCUAGACCAAGACCAACCGAUUAGUUGUUUAAGAGAAUGAUCCGAGUAUCCAUUCUCUCCUUUUCUUGAUGUUAGAAAUGAAGUACAAGUUCUAGAAGAAAUUACUGAAGCAGUCUGGAACAAAAUACAUCCUAGACCAAGACCAACCGAAAGAGUGCAUCCGACAUCCACACACAACUUGGUUGCACACACUAGCAUUAAGGUUAAUGAGGGCAACCGUAACCAUCCAAUGCACACUACAGAUUUGGUGGAUACUUCAGCAGAGUGGAACUUUUUGAUCGCUAAUCUUGGUCUAGAGAUUUUGUCAGCUGGUUUUGAUCAGGCCUCCUCCUCAAGUAAGCCACAGUAUGCACUAUUUGGUAUGCUGUUUUCUAUUGCAGCCUUGUUCACUUGCAUUUUGGAGCUCAUUUACAAGGGCAUAAAUAAUAGAGUAGUACUGAAGAAGUUCGGAAAACUCUGGUGGUAUUAUUAUCCACAUCCCCACGAUAGCGUGCCUUUUGGUACUCUCCCUGACAUUUACGGAUUAUUUGGAGGUGUUGCUCAGUGCAUAUGCUCUAUUACUCAAUACAUUUACUUCUCUUGGCAUGCUGAUAGUCCUAUAAAACUAUCACUUUUACCAGCAAUCUUUCUUUUUUGUUUGGCUGGUUCAAGACUACACAGCAAUCGUAAUCAUUAUUGAUCAGAAAUCUAGCUAGAUACCAGUACGAAGAAUAAUUGUGAGUAAACGAACCUUAGUGAUCGUUCAUU